AAUGUAAACAAGACCCUUUGUUGUAUCAAAUUAUGCAACUUAAUUGUAAAAUGAGUCUGUAAAAUUGAUUGUUAGUGGUGUUUUGUGAAUGUGAAGUGUGUAAUGCAGACAUGGUUUUGGGAAUUGGUAAGAGAAGGAAUUUGAUCUUUGUGAACCUAGCGAUGGCAGGAGGGAGAGAGAUUCAAGUAAUAGCGACAAAUUCGAGCGUAUGCAGCAAGCUAAGAAUGCUUAAUCAGUGAUGAGGAGAAGGAUAGGAGCCAGUCACUUCAUCAUUCUUCUUGGAGCAUUAUUUCAUCAGACAUCAUUCAUCAAAUGGUGAGCUGGACCAUAUCUAGGUUGGUGAGGGCAUGCAAUUGGAAUCGGGCAACGGGUAAUGGUCAAAUGGGCAGGUCUUGUAAUUGCCUUUGCAUUAAUGCGUUCGCUUGCCAUAAUUAAUAACCCAAAAGUUCUGUGAUCGAAAUCGUAGUUGUAGACUAGCAGUUGCAGUCUUUUGUUAAUAGUGCUGGAUGGAUGAGAAUGAGAGGUGGCGAUUGGCGAAUGCACUUUCCUUGGUCUUUCCUCCAACCGCAUGUUGUGCCGACCUUGUCUCACCGACCCAUCAAAAACUUGCCUUAAUGGAAUCUAGUCUCCCGUUAUUUUCUAACAUUAAUAUUCUUCUUUUGGGUCGUCUUCGUUUUGCUUAAUUUCAUUACAAGGAAAAACCCUUUCUUUGCUGGAUUUUAUUAAAUUCUACCUUUUGCCUUCCAUCUUUGUCCUCCUUCCAAGCCAAACCUAGAUCCGUUUGUGAAGAUGGACAAACCCAGGGAGUUUAUUACCACGACCAAAUAAAGAAAUUCAGUGGAUCAUCUAUGAUUUGGAGCUGGACCAAUCAAAAUACAACAGAAAACACGUACAUACGUACAUAAUAUCAUAUACAUAUCAUAUAUCGAGAUAUACUGAAGCAAGCAUGUGGAGGAGGUUGUGGUGGUGCGAGGCUUUCAAGCAGGGCGCGUCUGCGGCAGUUGGUAGGAGACCUCCGCCUUCGCCGCUGCUGUUGGAGGGAUUGACAGUGAGAACCAAUCCAGUCUUCUGCGGUAGAAAAGUUUGGUUAUCUUCUUCAUCUUCUGAUGCCAAUGCAACCUCUGAUUCCAAAAACGCAGGAUCAGGAGCAGGACGAGAGAGCAUAACAUUCGCGGAGGCCAAGAAGCUAAUGAGGCUGGUGAACGUGGAAUCGCUCAAGACGAAGCUUGGAAUGGAAGGCAAAGAGGUGAUAGGUUACUUGGAGUUACUGGAGGCCUGCGAGAGCAUGGGCGUUGCCAGAUCUCUGGACGAGGCCAUCGCUUUUGCACGCGUUCUGGAUGAGGCAGGCGUUGUACUUCUGUUUCGCGACAAGGUGUAUCUUCAUCCUGAUAAGGUGGUGGAUCUUGUUAGAAGAGCAGUACCUCUUGCAUUGACUCCUGAAGAUGACCCCAUUAGAGAUGAGCUAAAGAGGCUGCAGGAGAAGAAGGAAGAGAUUGAUGUGUUGGCACAUAAGCAAGUUCGCCGCAUCCUUUGGACUGGUCUAGGAUUAGCUGUGGUACAAGUUGGACUCUUCUUCCGCCUAACAUUUUGGGAAUUCUCAUGGGAUGUUAUGGAACCGAUAGCAUUUUUCACCACUACCACUGGCAUAGUCAUAGGCUAUGCUUACUUCCUGUUCACUUCAAGAGAUCCCACAUACCAAGAUUUGAUGAAGAGACUUUUUCUCUCCAGGCAGAGAAAAUUGUUCAAGAAGCAUAAUUUUGAUGUUGGCAGAUUGAAGGAGUUGCAUAAGAAGUGCAAAACACCUCUAGAUGCCUCUGCAUCUAUCCGAAAUCGUGUAGGGUUGGAACUGGAGCUAGAUGAUGCCUUACAUAAGGAUUAGCUCUCCACCAGCUCUUCGUUUUUGCAUUUUUUUUCCCCUUUCCUUUCUCUCCUGCUUAUGUAGAUGAAUUAUCACGGUAACUAUCUGUUCCAAUUUUCUUCAGGGUUAGGGCAAAGGCAAAGGUUUCUAACCUCUUACUCAAAUCAAGCUUAAACUUAUCCCAGUCUAUCCAUUUGUUCUUUCAAGUCGGUCCCUCGCGCUUCUUGCAGAUAGGACAAGUCAAACCUUCUCCUCAAUCUGAAAAAGCACCUUUGUCAUUGCAGACAAUAUGCUACUGU